UCCGGUUGUAGAAAUUUUAAUGAUGUUUUGUAAAUAAUGGUUGAAUACUUGAAUUCUUGGAUAAUAAGAUGAUAACGAUAAUAAUAAUCAUAUUGAUAACGUUCUUAUUAUUGUUAUUUGUUAUUGACUAUAGUGACUACAAAUUACAAUAGAACUUGCGCUCUCUCGGCGCUCCGAGACCAGUAUACCUACAACUUACUGGCAAGUGGCAAGUGGCUACAAACUACAAAGUUGUAAUAAGUACUAUAACUAUACCUAAUAGGUAGUUAAUAUGUAAGUGAUCACUCAAUUUUAAGUAUUGCGAGAAUAUUAUGUUGUUAAUAGUAAAGUGGAAAUAUUAUUCCGAAGAACGUUUUUAGAUAUCAAUCGUUCGUUGGCCUCAAGUACUAUCUGUGAUUUUACUUUUCAAGUCUAAUGAGUUGAUGCGUUUCUGGCGUUCGUUCUAGUAGAUCUUAAACUGUAGACAGUCUGUCUGUAUAUAGGCAUGGCUGGCAAGUCGACGGAACCUGAAUCGCCGAAGAAGAAUGAAAAGUUCGACAAAUUUUAUACGGAAGUAAAAGAAAUCGAAAAACGUGACUCUGUGUUGACGUCUAAACAACAGAUUGAAAGGCUCCUGCGUCCUGGAGCCUCAUAUUUCAACCUUAAUCCAUAUGAAGUACUUCAGCUAGACCAUGACACACCUUUGGAUGAGGCAAAGAAAAAAUAUAAAAGAUUGUCUAUUUUGGUGCAUCCAGACAAGAACCAAGAUGAUUUAGAAAGAGCAAACAAUGCUUUUGAGACUGUUAACCGCGCAUGGAGGACAAUCGAUAAUGAUGAAUCUCGGAAAAAAUGUCAGGAGAUCAUACAGGAAGCCAAGGAUAUGACUGAAUUUAUGGUUGUAGAGAAACGUAAAAAAUUGAAAAAAGAAGGCAAAGAUACAAAAGUUGAAGAAGACGACCCAUCUAUUAUGAAACGUAGUAUUUAUGUUCAAACAUGUAAAUUAUUUGCUGAUCUAGAACGCAAAAGAAAAGAUCAUGAAGCGAGAGAAUUACAAGAAAGAAAGCGGAAACGAGAACAAGAAAUAGAUGAAGAACAAAAAGCAACUGUGUCAAAAGAAUGGCAAAAAAACUUUGAUGAGUCAAGAGAAAGCAGAGUAAACAGUUGGAAAGCAUUUCAGGAAUCAACCAAAAAAUCAAGCAAAAAAAUCAAAAUUUUUAAGCCUCCUAAACAUAAAGCAGAAUCAAGAUAAAAAGUUUAGUAACAUUAUAGGCUCCAUGUUUUUCAGUUGUAUACAUACAUGUGUAUCACGUUGUAAAAUAAAAUAAAAGUUUUUUCAUAA